CAACUUAGUCGCAGUGCGGCAGCAGCAGGCUUGGAGGGCGCCAUUGCAGCACUUUACAUUUCUCGUCGUGCCUUCUGCUCAAGCCACCGCCAGCAAUCCGCCAUAAUCCUUCUCUCCUGUCCUAUCAGUCGACUGCGUCUAUCGGUCAUCUGUUUUUUUUCGCGGAUCAUUGCUCCGGCGACGCUUUUUCGCUGUAGUGACGUCAACGUUUCAAGCGACCAGCUUCCCAACUUUGUUCAUUGUCUGGCGUUGUCGCGCCGCACCGACAUGGCCGAGUACAACCCCUACGACUCCUCUGCCGGGCAUCCCUAUGGCGCGCCUCCUCCCGGCCAACCCGCCGGCCCGCCUCCCCCAUAUGGCGCUCACCCCUACGGCGCUCCCCCGCCCGGCGCUCCCCCCCCCGGCGCCAUGGUGCCCGCCGCGCCGUACGCGAUGGGGUACCCGCCCGCCCCGCCCGGACCCGCCCCCGGGUCUCCCAAGGUGAGUGCAGCGGGUGACAAGUUCCUGUACGCCUCGUCCAAGUGGAACGACGUGUGGGCCGCCAUUCUCUUCAUCCUGCAAUUCCUGGCGGUGCUGGUGUUCUCCGUCGUGCUGGGCGUCAAGGGCAUCACCGCCUCGCAGCCGGGCCAGCCCCCUGAGGGCGCCUACAACGUGCACUACUCCUUCUCCGACUACGCGCCGCAGUUCGCCGCCGCAGCAGCCACGGGGCUGGUGUUCGCGCUCGUGUGGCUGCAGCUCAUCAAGCUCAUGCCGCGCACAAUGGUGCACAUAGCGCUGUGGUUUGGGUUUGUGGCGCCGGUGGCGGUGGCGGUGGUGGUGUUUGUGUACGGCACGGCGCCCGUGUGGUUGGGCGUGGUGCUCUGCCUCACCGCGCUGCUGCAGCUGCUCUACAUCUGGCUCGUGCGCCACAGAAUCCCGUUCUCGGCGACAAUUCUGAAGCACGCGGUGCACGUGGUGAACACGUUUCCGUCCACCAUCUGGGUGGCGUACCUCUUCCUCUUCCUCAGCCUCGUCUGGACUGUCAUCUGGGUCUUGGGGGUCUCGGGCGCCAUGUCGCUGAGCAACUCGUUUGGCGUGCUCAUCAUCCUCGUGCUCAGCAACUACUGGACCAUGGAGGUGUUUCGCAAUGUGGUGCACACCACGGUGGCGGGCACCACGGCCACCUACUACUUCCUGCGCCACAACAUGCCGCCCAACCCCACGUCCUUGGCCCUGCACCGCGCCGCCACCAAGAGCUUUGGCUCCAUCUGCUUCGGCUCCCUCAUUGUCGCGCUCAUCCAAACCAUCCGCUUCAUCGUGGCAGCGUUGGCAAAUAACGACGACGGGGGCAACUUCAUAGCGUGCUGUGCGCAGUGCAUCCUCGCGUGCAUUGAGGCCAUUGUGGAGUUCUUCAAUAAAUACGCCUACAUUCAGAUAGCGAUGUACGGCAAGACGUUUAUCCGCGCGUCCAAGGACACGUGGGAGCUGUUCAAGGCGCGCGGCGUGGACGUGCUGAUCAACGACGACCUGUCGGGGGGCGUGCUGGGGCUGGGCAUGUUCAUCGGCGGCGUGCUGGCGGCGCUUGUGGGCGGGCUGCUGUCGCUGAACAAGGCGGUGGACCUGCUGGCCGCCGUCUCCAUCCUCAGCUUCAUCAUCGGCAUCUUCCUCACGGGCAUGACGCUGACGGUGGUGGACAGUGCGGUGGGCACGUUCUACGUGUGCUAUGCGGAGGACCCCGCCACGCUGCAGCAGAACGACCCCGUGCUGUACAACAAGGUGCAGGAGAGGGACAGGGAGAUCAGGGACACGCGCACCCGCCACGACGCACAGACAGCUGCCAGGCAGGCCGCCAGGCAGGCUGCCAGGUAGGGCUGCUGGACGCAGGGAGAUGCACAGCAAGCGCGGGACGAAGGAAGUUACUACUAUUGCACGUAGGAAGAAGGGAAAUGGUGGCUGAGUGGUGGAGAGCACUUGAUUUGAAGGCAUGUUACUGGCUCUGGGCGUUUCUGCAUGCUGCUUCAUAUUUCUUGUCCAGAUCGUUUUCGAUCAGAACUUUGAUGGUGCCACGGGAUUUUCCAGAGCUUACCGAAUGUUCAGUUAAUGAAUGCACUCAUGAUGGACCAACAUCCUCAUUGGUUUUGGGGAGCGUGGGCAUUGGGCAACCAGACCUUUGUCAGUGUUGGUUUCUGAAGCGUAACACUACACUCGAGGAAGAUCGUAACGGGUACACGAGUCAACGGAGGUUGCACGAGGGGUUGGACAAAGAACGCGAAAGGACUCGAAGGGUCGCAACUGGAGAUUGCGACUGACCGUUACAACAUCGCGGAUGGUAACCGAAGCGACAAUCGAGUCGCUGUGCAACUCGAUAACCGCUCCUGCAA